GCUUAGUGCUCAAGGCUUUGGAUUGAAUCUACUAUGUCCUCACAGAUCAUAUCGAGAUUAGGACCCAACAGUCUUGAACGUCAUUGAACUUUGAUCUCCUUUUUUUUUCGAACAACGAACUUUGAUGUCCACACUUUAAUAUUCAGUCGAUGAAAUGAAAGUCAAUACUUCUGCUUCUAGGAAAUAAAGUCAAAAAGAAAAAUAUAUUUUCUGUUUUUAGCUACAUUUUAAAAAGCUAGACAUAAUUCUCCAAUUCGAAAAAUAACCUGUCAAUCAGGCAAAUACGAACAUUUUUACCUUCCGACAAGCACACAGCUCCCGACAGUACCUAUAAAAAAGAAAUCGCAUAUCUCUCUCGACAUCAACAGCUCUGUUAUAUCCACGUCAUCACGAACUCCGAGUCUAGUCUUAAAUUCACCUCUUUCUCUCUCUUCAGACACCACCACCUUUGUCUACUCCCUUCGUCGAAUCUCACACCGCCAAAUUUCUUCUUCUUCCUCUUCUUUCAGAAAUCUAAAGAUCCCGUGAACCAAAUAAUCAAAUCUCCAAACAAUCCGACACCGUUUUCGAUAUCAUCUUCCUCCGUAGAUCUAGCGAAGAAAAUCUCCCAACGUUAUGCAGAUUUUGGGGGAGAUGGCGCCGAGUAUUCGAAAAGCGAUCGGAGCGGUUAAGGACCAGACGAGCAUCGGGAUCGCGAAAGUAUCGAGCAACACGGCUCCAGACCUCGAAGUAGCCAUCGUGAAAGCCACUAGCCACGACGACGAUCCCGCCAGCGAGAAGCACAUCCGCCAGAUCCUAAACCUGACUUCCCUCUCCCGCGGCUACGUCCUCCCCUGCGUCGCCUCCGUUUCGCGGCGUUUGGGGAAAACGCGCGACUGGAUCGUCGCUCUCAAGGCCCUGACGCUGGUCCACCGCCUCCUCGUCGAAGGAGUCCCUCUUUUCCAGGAAGAGAUUCUCCUCCACUCCACGAGACGACGACGAGGAGUCACCACCAGGAUGCUCAACAUGUCCCAUUUCCGCGACGAGGCGCAUUCGAGCUCGUGGGACCAUUCGGCUUUCGUUAGGACUUAUGCUUGUUAUUUGGAUCAGAUGCUCGAGUUAGCUUUGUUCGAGAGGAAGAGUGGAAGUAGUGAACAUUUGAGAACUAGAUAGAGUUGUGUUUUAUUGAAACAUAAACUAAGAUAGCUCAAUGAGCUUUAUUGAAAUAUAAAGAACAGAAAGGGAAAGACUUUGGGUUGUCUGCAAGA